AUGUCGAACUUAUUCGUAGAACUUCAGGAGCUCCUCGAUAUGGAGGCCUGGUCCGAGACUCCAGCCCCAGCUGCGUCUCCAGCUGCGCCCUCCCCUCUGGUGGCUGAACUGCUGCCAGCAACACCCCCACCAGUUUCAGAGGCUCCGCUAGAGAUGCUGGUGGUGGAGGCAGUCGACGUGGAUGAAGAAAUGAUAUGUGCCGAAGACUAUAGACAGAUUUUGCUCAAUGUGAAACAAGAGCUGGUGUUGAGGGUCAGCCCCAACUUUCACAACUGUGUGAAUGUUGCUGCUGCUAAUGUAGCAAUCACAAAGCUUUUAUGGAGAAUGCCGUAUGUGGAAGUGGCAGAUGAUGUGAAACUGCGUCUGCUACAGAUUGUACAGAAUGACACACCCAUCAGUAUAUCAUUUCGACAUUGGGAGUUGUAUACCUAUCCAACGUUACCACAGACAAGAAAGCAUACAUGGACUGUCAAGUCAACAUCACAGCAUGAAAAGCCACGAUACAUUGUGGUUGGGCUACAGACUGCAAGACGAGGUGUGGCAGCAGCCAACAGUUCUCGCUUUGACAAGUGUAAUAUGAAGGAUGUUCGAGUGUUUUUAAACAGCAGAUACUACCCAUAUGAGAGCAUUGAUGGUGAUGAUAAUCGCAUCUACAACAUGUAUGCAGCUUUCAAUGGAGUCUACAACCAUGGUAAUGCUCGUGCAAGCAACCCUCUGUUUGAAAAGAAUGCCAUUGGUGAUGGAAAAAUAAUGCUGUUUGCUUUUGAUUGCUCCCGCCAAAAUGAGUCACUCAAAACUGGAAGUAUCGAUGUGAGGAUUGAGUUUGAAGCAUCUGAAAACAUUCCAGGUAAUACAACUGCCUACUGUAUGAUGAUUCAUGAGAUGACUAGAGAGUAUCGACCAAUGUCAGGCCUUGUACUGUCGGCAUAA